AGUGACGCAACGUCCUCCGGUCGCCGCCGUUCAGCCGGGAGCGGCGCGGCGGCCAUGGGCAGGAAGGAGCGGGACAAGAAGAAGUCCAAGAAGCGGCACUACGAGGACGAGGAGGAGGAGGAGGAUGACGCUCCCGGGAAGGACUCGCAGGAGGCCGUGCCCUCGGCGGCGGGGAAGCAGGUGGAGGACAGCGGCGCCAAGCUGGACGAGUACGGCGCCAAGGACUACCGGCUGCAGAUGCCGCUGAAGGCCGACAACGCCUCGCGGCCGCUCUGGGUGGCUCCUGAUGGCCAUAUUUUCCUGGAAGCCUUUUCUCCUGUUUACAAAUAUGCACAGGAUUUUUUGGUUGCCAUUGCUGAACCUGUGUGCAGACCGACCCACAUCCACGAGUACAAACUGACUGCUUACUCCCUGUAUGCCGCUGUCAGCGUCGGCCUGCAGACCAGUGAUAUCACAGAGUACCUGCAGAAACUGAGCAAGACCGGUGUGCCAGAGGGAAUCAUUCAGUUCAUCAAGCUGUGUACCGUCAGCUAUGGGAAGGUGAAGCUGGUGCUGAAACGCAACAGGUAUUUUGUGGAAAGCACCCAUCCUGAUGUCAUUCAGCAACUCCUGCAAGACCACGUUAUUAAAGACUGUCGCCUGAGAAAUGCUGAAGGUGAAGAAACAGAGCUCAUUACAGAGACGUUCACAAGUAAAUCAGCGAUUUCCAAGUCCAGUGAGAGCAGCUUUGGUCCCUCGACAUCACAAGAAGCAGAUGUUCAAAACAAGCCGGAUGUCCCAGCUGACUUAUAUGAGUUUUAUGAGCAGAUGGACAAAGAUGAGGAGGAGGAGGAAGAAACACAGACAGUAUCUUUUGAAGUCAAGCAGGAGAUGAUUGAAGAACUCCAGAAGCGUUGUAUCCAGCUGGACUACCCAUUGCUGGCAGAAUAUGAUUUCAGAAAUGAUUCUGUGAAUCCUGAUAUUAAUAUAGAUCUGAAACCUACAGCUGUUCUCAGACCCUAUCAAGAGAAAAGCCUGAGGAAGAUGUUUGGAAAUGGGCGAGCCAGAUCUGGUGUUAUUGUCUUGCCAUGUGGUGCUGGCAAGUCUCUAGUUGGAGUGACAGCUGCGUGUACCGUGCGCAAGAGGUGCCUGGUCCUGGGUAAUUCUGCAGUGUCUGUGGAGCAGUGGAAAGCGCAGUUCAAGAUGUGGUCCACCAUCGACGACAGUCAGAUCUGUCGCUUCACCUCUGAUGCCAAAGAUAAGCCCAUUGAUUGCUCUAUUGCUAUCAGCACGUAUUCCAUGUUGGGACACACGACUAAGAGAUCCUGGGAAGCAGAAAGAGUGAUGGAGUGGCUUAAAAGUCGAGAAUGGGGCCUUAUGAUACUCGAUGAAGUACAUACUAUCCCUGCAAAAAUGUUCAGACGUGUGCUCACUAUUGUACAAGCUCAUUGUAAACUGGGACUGACUGCUACCCUGGUCAGAGAAGAUGAUAAAAUUGUUGAUCUGAACUUCCUGAUUGGACCAAAGCUUUAUGAGGCCAACUGGAUGGAGCUGCAGAACAGUGGCUACAUUGCUAAAGUCCAGUGUGCUGAGGUUUGGUGCCCAAUGUCACCUGAAUUUUAUAGAGAAUACGUAGCAAUCAAAACAAAGAAACGGAUACUGCUGUACACCAUGAACCCAAAUAAGUUCAGAGCUUGCCAGUUCCUGAUUAAGUUUCAUGAGCGGCGGAAUGAUAAAAUCAUUGUUUUUGCUGACAACGUGUUUGCACUGAAGGAGUACGCAAUCAGACUUGGGAAACCGUACAUAUAUGGUCCCACUGCACAAGGAGAAAGAAUGCAAAUUCUACAAAACUUCAAGCACAAUCCAAAAAUCAACACUAUUUUCAUUUCAAAGGUGGGUGACACAUCCUUUGAUCUGCCUGAAGCCAAUGUUCUGAUUCAGAUUUCAUCCCACGGUGGAUCUCGAAGACAGGAGGCUCAAAGGCUGGGGCGAGUACUGAGAGCCAAAAAAGGCAUGGUUGCAGAGGAAUACAAUGCCUUUUUUUAUUCUCUUGUAUCCCAAGACACUCAGGAAAUGGCAUAUUCAACCAAGCGACAACGGUUUCUUGUAGAUCAAGGCUAUAGCUUCAAGGCAAAAAAAAUUUCCUGCAUUAUUCUGUUAACUGUGUUACUGUGAAGAUAGAUACAACUAUUUCAAUACAGCCUUUAGGAAGGUAAGUAUUCAAUAAGGGCAGAUCUGAAACUAAUGCUUCCUAUUCUAUUAUGUUGGUCCAUAGCAUCAGAGGUAGAUAUUGGUGGAAUGGCAGCAAAGGCUGAAUGUUCCCACCAGUACUCCAUUACAUGCUGUUGUGCGACAGAUGGCAGCAGAGGGGCCGUCUGACAGAAUAGUGCCUGCCAUGGGAGUGCAUAUGAAGCAAAGCUGCUGCAUAUGGGAAGCAGGAAAAUUUCCAUGCAGGAAAAAAUGGCACCCAUGGACUUCAUUGAGGCUUGCUGAACACUUAUGGAGACUGAACAGUGGAUGUGAGCACAGUGAGGUGGUGCAUUUCAGCAGUGGUGACAGUGAUGUGAAAGACAGUUGAUGUUGCAGAUGGCCGUGCACAGCAGUCACACCUCAGAUUGCACAGGGUGAAAGCAAGCAGCCUCAACUGGACUGCACUUGAACCCAGCUGUUGAAGAUCAUUAGAGACACACGUGCAUUUUGGGACAUCUGUGUGGGUAAAACCUGUAUGAACUGCAGGUACUCUGAAUUAAACUGCUUUGUUAUCAUUGGCCCUGUUAAAGAGGAGGUCUUUCCAUCAAAACAGACAUGCCAUAGGCUUUAAAUGUAAAAACCUUGCUUUACUUUGUAGUGAGUGUAUCUUCACAAAAUUGUCAGUCAGUCACCUGCAGGUAGUUACAACAGAUGAGUCUUUGUGGCUAUAGCCAAGAAGAUUAAAGAAAUCCCUUUUUUAUUUGCUUUUAUUUGAAUAUAAAUCUUGGAUUAUAGAGCUCAGUAAGGGGUUAAAAUAGAGAAAGAUGUUGUCCUAGGAGUUCGGACUUCAUGGGCACAAAAGUGCAAAUGGCAGCUGAAUUUCUGGAGCAGAAUUUUAGCUGACCAGUACUGGAAUGUUCUUUAUUUGAAGAUUAGUAGCGAAAUGUUAGAAUAUCUGUUUUCUUCUGUUUGCUGAACUUCAAGCUUUAGACAUAGCUGGCGUUGAGCAACAGUAGGGUUGGAAGAAACUUGAAGAAACCAUCUAAUGUUUCUUCAUUACAAGCCAGAAUCAGCUGUGUAUGUCAUUCCCAGCUGAUGUUUGCCUUCAUGACUAUUUCAUCUUUAGGCAAUUAUUUCAGUGCUGGUGUCUUAUCUUUUGGAAUUUUUAUUCCUGAUACCUAACAUUACUAAAAAUUUGGUACUCUCUUAAAAGGGUAACAGUAUGCAUUUUUUUUUCUAGGACUUUCUUCUUUUCAUCUAUCAGUAGCUCAUUUCUCUGCCUUCCAGCAGAAAGGGGAUUAUUCUAAUUGCUGAAUCACACCUUUUGUCUUUGCUUUUUUUAUACAGCCUUGCCAUCACUAUUUGCUGCUUGGGGUCUAAAUUAUUUAGGAGUAGUUUGGUUAGCUACCUGAAGGUUAGUUACCAUACUGUAUACUUUUUUUGAGGUUGAAUGCAGGGUAAAUUGAUGUUUAAAUCAACAGCAGAAGAACUUAAUGUAUCAAAUAAUCUAAUUACUUUAAACUUGGUGUCUGUUCAACAUCUUAAAAAUAUUGUGAUGCAGUGGAAAUUAUUUCUAUUUCAUGAAAUAUGCUAGCACUGUUUUGCAACAACUGUAAACAUGCUAAUGCAGUUCUUCCUGUGGUUCCAUUUUGUUGUUUACGAAGUGCACGUGCUACGAUCACCUCAAAAACAAGAGGAAUCGUAGAGUUCAUUUGUUUGUAUAAUAGGACAGGUUGCUUCCCUGAAUAGAUUCUUAGAACUACACAUUUCUCAGAGAAAUGCAUUUUUCAACUUAGAAAUUGCCACUGACAGCAGUGACGCUGCUGACAUUUUGUUGCAGGUUGUUGUGCAGUCUCUCAGCUAAUUGUGGGUGUUCCUAAAUGUGAAUGUUAAAACUCUUGGCAUCAGGAAAGGUAACUGAUUAUUGUUCUGAAAUAUGAAGUCCUUUAGUGUAAAGUAUAUUCAUGCAAUAUAAAGCACUACUUCUUAAACUGGACAAAACCUGAAGCUACAGCAUGAAGUCAGCCUUCCAAUAAGGUUCCUGGUCAAGCUGGCACGGAAUUUGGUACACAUUCUCUGUCUAGAGCUAAUGCAUUUCCAGCCUGAAUGUUGCAGGAGAUUAUGAGGUGGGGGAUAACUUGCACACGCACCAUAACUGGUAACAGUUCAAAAACCCCCGCCUUGUAUUGUGCUC